GGAAACGCAGUGUUGUUGCUGUGGUUUUUGUUGGGGCUAGGCAGAGCUGUCAUAUUUGCUAGCGAACGUAUUAACCACUCUCUUGUCAUGUCAAGAGCAAUCUGUCCCCUCACAACACAGGGCUGGUAACGAGUUCAUUUCUUCACAUAUCCACCUUUGGAUACGGUCAGAGGACAGAAAUCUGGGCGGAGAGCAGAAGAGUGAGAUGAAAUGACAACGUCAACAUUACAGAAAGCGAUUGAUCUUGUGACUAAAGCCACAGAGGAAGACAAGGCAAAGAAUUAUGAGGAGGCCUUGCGCCUGUAUCAGCAUGCUGUGGAGUAUUUCCUACAUGCCAUCAAAUAUGAGGCCCACAGUGACAAGGCAAAGGAGAGUAUACGAGCAAAGUGUAUGCAGUACCUGGACCGAGCGGAGAAACUUAAGGACUAUCUGAAAAAUAAAGACAAACAGGGCAAGAAGCCUGUCAAGGAGGCACAGAGCAAUGACAAGAGUGAUAGCGACAGCGAGGGGGAAAAUCCAGAGAAGAAGAAACUGCAGGAGCAACUUAUGGGUGCCAUUAUAAUGGAGAAGCCUAAUGUCAGGUGGAACGACGUGGCUGGACUGGAGGGCGCUAAGGAAGCUCUUAAAGAAGCUGUCAUCCUGCCCAUCAAAUUCCCUCACCUCUUUACAGGCAAGCGAACUCCGUGGAGAGGCAUCCUGCUGUUCGGCCCUCCGGGGACAGGGAAGUCGUACCUGGCUAAGGCCGUGGCCACUGAGGCCAAUAACUCCACCUUCUUCUCUGUCUCCUCCUCAGACCUCAUGUCCAAAUGGCUCGGAGAGAGUGAGAAGUUGGUGAAGAACUUAUUUGACCUGGCUCGCCAGCACAAACCGUCAAUCAUCUUCAUCGAUGAGGUGGACUCGCUGUGCGGCUCCAGGAACGAGAACGAGAGCGAGGCCGCCCGUCGCAUCAAGACAGAGUUCCUGGUCCAGAUGCAGGGUGUGGGAAACAACAAUGAUGGUAUCUUGGUGCUGGGAGCCACCAACAUCCCCUGGGUGUUAGACGCUGCCAUCCGUAGAAGAUUUGAGAAGCGUAUCUACAUCCCUCUCCCGGAGGAGCAAGCUCGGGCUCAGAUGUUUCGUCUCCAUCUGGGCAACACGCCGCACAGCCUGAGCGAGGCCGACCUGCGGCAGCUCGCCCGCAAAACAGACGGCUACUCUGGCGCCGACAUCAGCAUCAUUGUCCGUGAUGCUCUCAUGCAGCCUGUUAGGAAGGUCCAGUCCGCCACGCACUUCAAAAAGGUUCGCGGGCCAUCCCGAAGCAACAACCAGGUGAUGGUGGAUGAUCUCUUGACCCCUUGUUCCCCUGGCGACCCUGCAGCCAUAGAGAUGACCUGGAUGGAUGUGCCUAGUGAUAAGCUACUGGAGCCCAUAGUCUGCAUGUCGGACAUGCUGCGGUCUCUGUCCACCACCCGUCCCACAGUCAACACUGAAGAUCUGCUCAAGGUCAAAAAGUUCACAGAUGACUUUGGGAUGGAGGGCUGAGAGACGGAGCCCCACCCCACCCUACCUCUCCCCAGGCCACCAGAAGGGUCAAAUUGCUCCCAACAGCAGCCCUCCCCUCCGCCUCCCCCCUGCUGUACCAUCCCGUAGGCUUUCAUCUAUCAACUGAGCUCUUGGUUCACUGCCUCUCGUGGAUUUCAAAAUAAAUGUCUGGUCUGUUCGAACAAAGAAAGAAAGCUUGUAUUUCUUACUUCGAACAAUCCAGUACUUUUGAAUCCUUGCAGGAAGUUGACCAACGGCUACAAUAGAGAAAGUGUUGGUGUUAUUUGGUAGUUGGACAAUAGAGCCCAUGACUUUUCCCCAAUUUCAGACAACUUUUGGUUACACAGCAGCCGCUACAGUGUAUUCACUACAAGAACAUUUCAUGUAACCUGCAUUGAUGUGAGGAAAGCUGCAUUUGAAUCUAAGUGCACCAAGUUUGUCCCUCUCUGAGCCGACUCUGUCUGACUGAAGGACUGUACAUUUUGUUGCCAUUGUGCACUUUGCUUUGGAUCGCAAUGAAGGACAGUGAUGUUUGACGAAGGAACAAUAGAGGAAGAAAGUUCUCCUGCCAGGCAUGCAAGUGUGUGAAUGCAUCCAAGUGUUUUUAUUAAACUUGUGUGUCUUUUAAUGUACAUGUCUACAUGUUAAGAGCCCUGUUAUUUUGUUAUUUAAUGAAGAGUUAAAUUAAGUGAUCAUC